AUGGACAAGCUCUCCUCCCUCGCAAAGUUCAAGAACUCCUGCCCCUUCCUCGGCCACACAAAAACUUCCACCCUCCGUUCCCUAUGCACCUCAGCCUCUCCUCGCUAUCCGUCUCUCUCCCGCCUCACGGAGCGGGCGACCCAGUGCCCCGUCAUGGGCCCUGCCCUCCAGGUCCGCUCUAACCAGAUGGUCGCCGGCUACGCCAGCCUCGCGGGCACCGCAGAGUUCAAGCAGAUCCACGAGCACAAGGGUGUCUUCCCCGUCCCCACCGGCACGAACAUUGACAAGUGCCCCCAUGCGUCCAAGGCGAUCGCCGCCGCCCGCAUGGCCGAUGACCUUGCCAGAGUCGCCAAAGAUAAGAAAGCUGAACCAGCUCACGCCGCAGCUGCACCGUCCACUUCCAAGGCGGCUGCUGCUGGCUGCCCAUUCCACGCCGCUGCUAACGCUAAGCAGUCCACUCAGACUAGCGGAUUCGACUACGAGAAGUUCUACGUCUCCGAACUCGAUAAGAAGCACCAGGAUGCUUCCUAUCGCUACUUCAACAACAUCAAUAGGAUGGCAUCCAAGUUCCCCAUCGCUCACACGGGCGAUCCUCGGGAUGAAGUUGAGGUUUGGUGUGCCAACGACUACCUUGGCAUGGGGAAUAACCCUGUCGUGCUUGAAACCAUGCAUCGCACACUGAACACCUACGGCCAUGGCGCCGGUGGCACCCGAAACAUCGCGGGUAAUACCGGGAUGCACCUCGCCCUCGAAGAAGAGCUCGCGGACUUACACCGUAAACCCGCUGCGCUCGUAUUCUCUUCGUGCUAUGUCGCAAAUGAUGCGACGUUGACGACGCUGGGAUCCAAACUGCCUGGAUGUGUGUACUUCUCCGACUCGAUGAAUCAUGCUUCCAUGAUUCAGGGCAUGCGUCACUCUGGCACUAAGCGCGUCAUAUGGAAGCACAAUGAUUUGCAGGAUCUCGAGAGCAAACUUGCGCAGUAUCCCAAGGAGACACCUAAGAUCAUCGCUUUUGAGAGUGUGUACUCCAUGUGCGGUAGCAUUGGACCCAUCUCGGAAAUCUGCGACCUGGCAAAGAAAUACGGUGCUUUGACGUUCCUCGACGAGGUGCAUGCCGUGGGCUUGUAUGGGCCUCGUGGAGCCGGAGUUGCUGAACAUCUUGAUUGGGAGGCUCAGAAGCGCGCCGGCCAGAGUCCCGACCCCAUCAAGAACUCCGUUAUGGAUCGCGUCGACAUCAUCACCGGUACUCUUGGCAAGGCAUAUGGCGCUAUUGGAGGUUACAUCGCUGGCUCCGCGGAUUUCGUUGACAUGAUCAGGUCUUAUGCCGCCGGUUUCAUUUUCACAACAUCUCUCCCACCUGCGAACGUUGCCGGCGCGCGAGCGAGUAUCGCGUAUCAAAAGGAAUAUCUCGGUGAUCGUCAGCUUAUGCAGAUUAACGUUCGGGACCUCAAGUCACGCUUCGAGGCACUUGACAUUCCCGUCGUACCCGGUCCCUCGCACAUCGUCCCGGUAUUGAUAGGAGACGCCGCCCUAGCUAGACUUGCUUCCGACACACUCCUAUCCAAGUAUAACGUCUACGUCCAGGCCAUUAACUAUCCGACCGUCGCGCGCGGAGAGGAACGUCUGCGAUUCACCGUCACACCCGGACACACUGUCGACCAAAUUGCUCGCCUGGCUCACGCCGUGGAUCAGACUUUCACCGAGCUCGGAAUCAAGCGUACAUCGAUGUGGAAAGUCGAAGGUGGACGCGCUGGUGUAGGCAUGCCUAACGCUGAACCGGUGCAGCCUAUCUGGUCGGACGAACAUCUCGGUUUACUCGAUGACAGCGCUCCCGAUGUCUUGCGCGAUGGUCAAGAACGUGUUGUGGAUGCUCGUGCAGUCAACAUUACUCGCGGGAAGUUCAGCGAUCUGUUGGGACCUGUGGAGCCGACCAUAAGGGUGAUGCAAAUGACUACUGCCCCUAAUUUGACUUCCAUCCCCACUGAGGCUCUGCAGACACCUACUCGGAUGACGGUAACUGCGUAG